AUGUCGUCGGCCAGCAAAACUACACACAGAAGGGAGAUAUUCUGUGUUGUCAUCUUCUUAACUCUGGUCAGUAUUCUAUACCAAUGUUACGCGAAUAUUUCCUUCCGACGCGUUGAAAAAACACCAACCAAAAGCAGCAACAUAUAUGUGCCGGGUUGUCCAGCACCGGACGUCGAACGUGUUCACAAUGCCCUGAUAUUUCCAGCUCUGCAAAACUUUAGCAUUCGCGACAAUAUUGGCCCACAUUUUGGACAGUUCCCUUUACAAGCUAAAGAACUGUUAAAGACUAAUAAUUUCACCGACCGCCAACUGUUUGCUUUUAUGCCAGCUAUGACGCAGCCGGAGAAGCUUGUAUCUCUGUUCGUCUUCCAAAAGUUCAUCAACAUCUGUUCCCAGGACAAUAUCACUUUUUUCAUCCAAGGUGGGACGCUCUUAGGUUCUUAUAGGCAUCAUGGUUUUGUGCCAUGGGACGAUGAUAUUGAUGUGUACGUCGACUCGAAGGAUAGGAAGAAGCUUUUCUGCAGUUUGAAAAAAGCCGCGCCAAUGUUUGACGUUCGUCAAUACCCACGGUUUCAAUGGAAAUUUUACUAUACAAAAACGCCAACAUUAAAAGCCUACAGAUAUCGUUGGCCGUUCGUCGACAUUUUCUUCUUUUCGGUUGAAGGCGAUAACAUAUUUGAUGUUACCAGCGGUCGGAAAAACUACGUCUUUAAAUACAACAAUGUCUUCCCUCUCGGGACUUCACUUAUCCUUUUUUUCGUUUUUUUUAUUGGUCUCCUUUCUUUCGCUUUUUUUUUUAUUGGUAUCCUUUCUUUUGCUUUUUUUUUUUUUUUUUGGUAUCCUUUCUUUCGUUUUUUUUUUUUUUUAGUGGUAUCCUUUCUUUCGCUUUUUGUUGGUUUCUCUACGUUUAUCCUUUCUUUCGUUUGCCUUCUCUAA